GACAUGGAGGCUCACGACGACUACGUGUGGCCGCGGGCCGCUUCGGAGCUCAUACUUCUCCCGGUCACGGGCCUGGAAUGCGUGGGGGACCGGCUGUUGGCGGGUGAGGGGCCGGACAUCCUGGUGUAUACCUUGGACUUUGCUGGGCACCUGCAGAUGAUGAAGCGAGUCCAGAACCUCCUCGGCCACUAUCUCAUCCAUGGGUUCCGGGUUCGGCCAGAGCUUGACGGAGACUUGGAGUCCCAAGCUGUGAUAGCUGCAUUUGGGAGCAAGGGGCUCCGAGUGGUGAAAGUUAGCUGGGGGGAGGGCCGCUUCCGGGAGGUCUGGCGCUCGGGCCUGUGGAACAUGUCUGACUGGAUCUGGGACGUCCACUGGCUGGAGGAGAAUGUGGCUGUGGCUCUGGGCCACAAUUCAGUGGUGUUCUAUGACCCUGCGUUGGGUCGCACCCUUCAGGAGGUGCACUGCACAGACAGGUGCACCCUCUCCUCUGCCUGUCUGAUUGGCAACACUUGGAAGGAGCUGACCAUGGUGGCGGGUGCCAUUUCCAAUGAGUUGCUGGUCUGGUACCCAGCAGCCACCUCUGAAAAUGAGCCUGUGGCACCUGACCGGCGGGUCAGCGGGCAUGUGGGUGUCAUUUUCAGCAUGUCAUACCUGGAGAGCAAAGGUUUGCUGGCCACAGCUUCAGAAGAUCGAAGUGUCCGCAUCUGGAAGGUGGGCGACCUGCGGGUGCCAGGGGGUCGAGUACAGAAUAUUGGACACUGUUUUGGCCACAGUGCCCGCGUGUGGCAGGUCAAGCUCUUGGAGAAUUAUCUCAUCAGCGCAGGAGAGGACUGUGUGUGCCUGGUGUGGAGCCAUGAAGGUGAGAUCCUCCAAGCAUUUCGGGGCCACCAGGGCCGGGGCAUCCGGGCUGUAGCUGCCCAUGAGCAGCAGGCCUGGGUCAUCACUGGGGGUGACGACUCAGGUAUCCGGCUGUGGCACCUAGUAGGCCGUGGGUACCCGGGCUCGGGAGUCUCAGCUCUCUGUUUCAAGUCUCGUAGCAGGACAGGCACCCUGAAGGCUGUAACGCUGGCUGGCUCUUGGCGAGUACUGGCGGUGACUGAUACAGGCACCUUGUACCUCUAUGAUCUCGAGGUCAAGUGCUGGGAACAGCUGCUGGAAGAUAAGCGCUUCCAGUCCUACUGCCUUCUGGAAGCAGCCCCUGGGCCCGAGGGCUUUGGUCUGUGCGCCAUGGCCAGUGGGGAAGGCCUAGUCAAGGUCGUCCCCAUCAACACUCCAACUGCGGCAGUGGACACAGUUCUGUUCCAGGGGAAGGUGCACAGCCUGAGCUGGGCCCUCCGUGGCUAUGAGGAGCUCCUGCUGCUGGCCUCGGGCCCAGAUGGGAUAGUGGCUUGUCUGGAGAUUUCAGCUGCACCCUCUGGCAAGGAGAUCUUUGUCAGUGAGCGUUGCCGUUACCUGCUGCCCCCAAGCAAGCAGAGGUGGCACACGUGCAGUGCCUUCCUGCCCCCAGGCGACUUCCUGGUGUGUGGGGACCGCCGGGGCUCUGUGCUGCUGUUUCCUACUAGACCAGGUCUGCUCAAGAUUCCUGGGGUGGGAGGCAAGGCUGGGACGACAGUACUCGCUAUAAGUGGUGGGGAAGGGGGCACCCCAGCCGAGUGGAGCCCUGUGUCCAUACUUCAUUCGCUGCAUGGGAAGCAGGGUGUGACCUCGGUCACCUGCCAUGGUGGUUACGUGUAUACCACAGGGCGCGAUGGCUCCUAUUACCAGCUUUUUGUGCAAGGUGGCCAGCUGCAGCCAGUCCUCCGGCAGAAGUCCUGUCGGGGAAUGAACUGGCUGGCUGGGCUACGCAUGGUGGCUGACGGAAGCAUGGUCAUCCUUGGUUUCCACUCCAAUGAGUUUGUGGUCUGGAGCCCCCGGUCACAUGAGAAACUGCACAUUGUCAACUGUGGAGGAGGCCACCGUUCCUGGGCCUUUUCAGAUACAGAGGCUGCAGUGGCCUUUGCCUUCCUCAAGGAUGGGGACGUCAUGCUCUACCGGGCCCUGGGUGGGUGCACCCGACCACAUGUGAUUCUCCGCGAGGGUCUGCAUGGCCGAGAGAUCACCUGUGUGAAACAUGUGGGCACCAUCACCCUGGGGCCUGAAUUUGAGGAGCCCAACCCAAUGCAGCCUGACCAACCAGAACCUGGCAGCAAGGGGCCUGAGCUGAUUGAUAUCGUCAUCACCGGCAGCGAGGACACCACUGUCUGUGUCUUGGCCCUCCCCACGACCACGGGCGCAGCCCAUGCACUCACGGCAGUUUGCAACCAUAUCUCCUCGGUUCGCACUGUGGCUGUGUGGGGCGUUGGCACCCCAGGUGGCCCACAGGAUCUUCAGCCAGGCCUGACAGCCCGUGUGGUGUCUGCAGGGGGCCGGGCUGAAAUGCAGUGCUUCAGCAUCUUGGUCACCCCGGACCCCAGCACCCCAAGCCGCCUUGCCUGCCACAUUAUGCACCUCUCAUCUCAUCGGCUAGAUGAGUACUGGGACCGGCAGCGAAAUCGGCACCAGAUGAUCAAGGUGGACCCAGAGACUAGGUACAUGUCCCUGGCCAUUUGUGAACCUGACCCAGCUGGCCCUGACUCUGAUCCCCUUGUGGCUGCAGCCUGUAGUGAUGGGGCAGUGAGGCUCUUUGUCUUGCAAGACUCUGGGCGGCGGCUGCGGCUUCUUGCUGAAACUUUCCACCACAAGCGCUGUGUGCUCAAGGUUCACUCCUUUACCCAUGAGGCAUCCAGUGGGCAGCGGAUGGUGUUCCUGUGCAGCGCAGCCACUGAUGGAAGCUUGGCUUUCUGGGACCUCACCGCCGUAUUAAACAACGGCUCCACAGCCCUGGAGCCCCCAGCGGAGCCUGGGCUUCCUCACCAGCUUGGCAACCCCUGCCUCACCAUCCAGGCCCACAACUCCGGUAUCAACAGCCUUCAUACCUUGCCCAUUGAUGAAGGCCACCAUCUGGUGGCUAGCGGCAGUGAAGACGGCUCUCUUCACGUCUUCGAGCUUGCUUUUGAGAUGCCAGAGCUGGAAGAGGCCGCAGGGGAGGCUGUGCAACAACCCGAGCUGCAUGUGCUAGAGGAUUACACUGUCCCUUUUGCGCAUGCUGCCCAUGUGACAGGUCUCAAGAUCCUGAGCCCAAACCUCAUGGUCUCAGCCUCCAUCGACCAGCGGCUGACCUUCUGGCGUUUGGGGCAUGGUGAGCCCACCUUCAUGAACAGUGCUGUGUACCACGUGCCAGACGUCGCGGAUAUGGACUGCUGGCCUGUCAGUCCUGAGUUUGGCCACCGCUGUGCUCUUGGGGGUCAGGGGCUUGAGGUGUAUAACUGGUAUGACUGA